CUCCGUGCGUGUAAGGGACCGGCCAUGGCUCCGAGCCGCUCUCGCCGGACGGGCUCCCACAAGGCCCAUUCUCUGGCUCGCCAGUGGAAGACGAAGCGGCGUCACCGCGACCUGGACCAGAUCCACCAAGACCUGCUGCCGGAGAACGCAGCGAAGCUGGUGCGCCAAGAGCCGGACGCUGACUUGCCCGGAAGCGCACAGCACUACUGCCUACACUGCGCGCGAUACUUUGUUGAUUUGAAAAGCAUGAAGGAUCACUUCAAAUCUAAGGUUCACAAAAGGAGGCUGAAGCAGCUGAGCGAGGAGCCAUAUACCCAGGAGGAGGCUGAGAGAGCGGCCGGGAUGGGAUGGUAUAUCCCUCCCAAAACAAUUGAAGUUCACACGCAGCCCCUCGAUGAGAUGGAAGAGUCCAGCUGAGAACAGUGGCGGCAUCGGCAGGGCCAAACGAGGCUUGCCCACUUGAAAAUCCUGC